AUGUCAGAGAACGAAAGACCGUCAUCCUCCAGUUAUGCGUCGUUGAUUAAUCCUAGCCCAACGGCAGAAGAUUACGAAAGAUACGACGUUGACAGGAGGAUUCGAGGAAAAGCAAGAGAUAUACGUGUUGCCCAACGUUCUGCAUCAUCGUCGGCUCGAAACUCGCUUUCAAUGACUCCAGAGCCGAACGAAACUUCUCCUACUAAUGAUCAGUACUUUACACCGAAGCGUGAAAGUGGCGGAGGUUCACAAGACGAGGAAUUUGUGACUCCUUCGACUUCGAAGAAGGAUCUACGGAAAAGUAGAAGAAUGUCUGAAAGUGGAAGUGCAGAAGUAACACCGGUGUCAACGAAGCCACCUAGAAUAAUGAAGAAUGAAAAAACUUCUGAUGAACAAACAUAUUACACGAACUGUCUCAGUCGGAAAAUGGAAGAAAACUUUUCUAAAAUGAAAGACCUUGUAUUCUCCGGACAUUCAAUGCAAGAAGCUCGGGAAAAGGUACUUUCUGACACUAUUGUGGACACGUCGAAAUGUAGUAGAAGUCCUCGAAGGUCUUCACGGAUUACUUCGCGAAGUGAUGUUAUCGUUGAUCGAAGCUCUUCUCAACCACCUCCCAUGGAAACUCUCAACGCUGUUCCACAUUUCCCACGUGCAAAAUCUCCCGUGAUUUCGUGUUCGAAAGAAACAACUAUUAUCAGAACAUCUUACGUGGAUACAUUGGUGGCUGCACAUCAAAUGCAUAUGCAAUAUGCGGAUCGAACUGUUGUUACUGUUGAACAACAAAUGACCAAAUUGGAAAGCAUGAAGAAUCUUGCUGCGUUGAGUCCAGCUGUUCAGGAAGCGAAGCGGAAACGGAAUGCUGCAGAAGCAUCGAGAAAAUUAGUAGAGACUAACAAGCAGAGAGAAAAAAAGUUGGAAGUAAUUAGCGAUUUGAAGGAUCGAAUCGGAAAAAUCACAAAUGUUCAGUUUUCCACUCAUCAAUUAGUGUCCAAUCGGCCGUUUGCCGGUGAUCCAGAGAAUGAGAAGCUCCUGAAAUCCCUCGAUGGAUGGGUAUCGCUACCAUUUCACGAAUUUGAUGUUCAGACAGCUCGAGAACUGCAAAGUUUACAAAAAAAGAUGUUCGUGACUAUUAAUCGAUUCAAAAAUGUGGCAUCUCUUCACCGGCGAAAUCCAAUGAAUCGUUCAUUCGGCACAAGCAGAAAAAGUAUUGCAAUGAAAAUUGUUCCUUCUGAUUUCGCCACUGCUGGAACGUAUUCUGAUUCUCAUUCUCUGAACUCCGCGUCUCAUCCAAAUACAAGAGAAGUUUCAACUCAAGUUACUGCUCGGUUGGCUGAAACUGCAAUGACCCAAACAAGCCCACGAAGAGUUGGUGUUGAACCACUUGAUCUAUCGUCCCUCGAAAAAAUAAAUUCUUCAUCACAAACUACGCCACCGACUGCUCCAACAAUUGUUCCGGUUACCCUUACAACAGAAGACUUUGCUCAACAAACUCAACAAACGGAAGAAUUUGUAGUAGCACAUUCCAAUCCUUCUGCUGUGCCCACUUCUACUCUCUCGAUGACUGCAGCGACAACUCUCGACAUAGACGAAAUGCUUGAAAGCAUUGUCCUGCGCAAUGAAAGUCUUGAAACUCUAGAUUCAUUCACACAUUUCAAAAGUGAUAUCAGUUACCCGUCAAUGCCAUCCACUCUUUCGGCUGAUAGUACUCCCAGAAGUGAGCGUGUUUCUUUGGAUCCUGAAUCAGCGCGACGAUUAUCCGCAGGAGUUUCACAUUUUCUUGAAAAAAUAAAGAAGGAAAAUGAAUCAUUCGAGAAAGAGAAUGAGGACGAAGAAGAAAAAAGGGCAGCAGAAGUGGAAGAAAUACCUGUACCUGAUUCUGCCGCUGUUGUUGUACCUUCGAUUGAUUCUGAUGUUCCGAAAGUAGAGAACAUUUCUGAAGAGAGUUCAGAAACCCAAUCACCUCCUCUGAAUGAUGAAUCAGAAGUUGAGUUGAAUGUCGAUGAGCAUGAUAUUACUCCAUUCGAGCAUGAAAUGGAAGAGCAAGAAGAGCAAAGGCGUCUUCGAGAAAGUGCCCUCACUCCUACACCUCCGAGAAAACGAACAGAAGAAACGGUUACUGAUGAAUACAGACGUUACAUAGAUCCAGAUGACGAAGAGGACGAAACAAAAAAGUUUGUAAACAACGAUGAGUUUGAAAGAAGUUUGGAAGAAGAUCAAUUCGACCCACGCGGAGCUGACGAUAGCGCUGACGACUCAGGAUUUUUGCUGAAUAACAAGCCACUUCUUCCAUUGAAGUCUAUCUUUGAUACCGGAACACUAAGUCCAUCUACUUCUCCGGGACUUCAAACUGAUACACCUCGAGGUCCCGAUGAAGUUAAUGAAACAACAAUCGGAAAUUUGGAUAUGGAAGAUUAUUGUCAGAAAGAGUAUUUAGUAGAAAUUGGCCCAGUCAUGGUUCAAAAAGCUAUCGAAUUUCAAAGUGAGCUUCGUGGUUACAACUGGGUCUCUUCUCCAAAUGUAUGGAAACCUCCAUCAUUGGAGCAAAUUCAACUGGAUUUAUAUGAUCAAUUUGACUACUUCGACUCGUAUUCCAUUCUUCUAUGGGGAGCAAUUGUCGAUCUUAUCAACGCCAAAUAUCUGAAGUUCGGUCGAAAACUAAACAAAUUAGAAGAAGAUAGGUUUGAAAAAGAAGCACUCGAAAUGCUUCAAAAGGAGUAUGGUCCAGAAUCGAAGAAGAAAGAAUGGAGUAAAGAAGUGAAUAUGAGCAAGAAAUUGGCUGGUAUGAUGCCACUUGAUCUCGAUUAUCGUUUCGAUGUCCGACGUGGUCUUGCUGACAAUGAGAAACAGAAAUAUCAGUGGCAGCAAAUUCAGAUGACAGUUAUUGCUGAGAGAUACCCGAGGAAAAAACUGAAAGAUGAACUUGAUGUUGUCUACAAUACAGAGAAAGAGAAUUUGGGUCAGAUUGUCAUGGAGCGAGAGCUGGAGGAUGUUUCUUUUUCAAACAAUCGAGAAAGUCGACCAGAAGCAGGACAAUCUGAUUCCGAUCAAAAAAUGAUUGGAGUUUCCAAUGUGUAG